GCCGCGCGGCGCAGCACCAACACGCCCCCCAGUUGAUCAGUGUGCGUCGCUUUCUCGCUUGGGCUGGGCACCCUGCUCACUGGCGCACUGGCACUGCUGCUGCAGCAGCUGCGCUCGUAGUCACUCACAGUGCCCCGGCCUGCUGCUAAAAGGGGGAGGAUCCCUCGCAGUCAAUUGCCCUGAUCCUGGGUGUGGGGUAUUAAGGGGAAGGAGUGAGGAGCGAGGUUGGAGUUGAAGUGCCGUGUGAGUGACCGAGUGGGAGAGCAAGAAGAUCAGCCGAGAGGAGUGGUGGUGGUGGUGCACAGUGCUCAAGAGUCAAGACUCGGCCGGUGCUCGGAGACGGGCGGGCGGGCGAUGGGGCGAUCGCCGUGCUGCGAGAAGGAGGGGCUGAAGAAGGGGCCGUGGACGCCGGAGGAGGACCGGAAGCUGCUCGCCUACAUUGAGCAGCACGGCCACGGCUGCUGGCGCUCGCUGCCCGCCAAAGCCGGUGAGCUAGCUUCAAUUUUGCAGCAUUCUGCGACGGUGAUCUUCGUCUCGCUCGUUACUGACGUGCAUGCGAAAAAUGGCCGUGGCAGGGCUGCAGCGGUGCGGCAAGAGCUGCCGGCUCCGGUGGACGAACUACCUCCGGCCGGACAUCAAGCGGGGCAAGUUCAGCCUGCAGGAGGAGCAGACCAUCAUCCAGCUCCACGCGCUGCUCGGCAACAGGUGGUCGGCGAUCGCGACGCACCUGCCGAAGCGCACCGACAACGAGAUCAAGAACUACUGGAACACGCACCUCAAGAAGCGGCUGGCCAAGAUGGGCAUCGACCCGGUCACGCACAAGCCGCGCUCCGACGCGCUCGGCGCGGGCGGCGGCGCCGCGGGCGCGCAGCACGCCAGGGCCGCCGCGCACCUCAGCCACACGGCGCAGUGGGAGAGCGCGCGGCUCGAGGCCGAGGCGCGCCUGGCGCGCGAGGCCAGGCAGCGCGCGCUCGCCGCGUCCGCCUCCGUCUCGGCGCCGCGCGCGCCGCCGGGCCCCUCCGCCGCCGCGCACGGGCUCGAGUCGCCCACGUCCACGCUGAGCUUCUCCGAGAGCGCGGCGCUCGCCUCGGUACUGGAGGCGCACGGUGCGGCGGCGGCCGCCGCGCGCGCCGCCAUGGAGCCCAUGCAGGCGUACGAGGAGGCGUUCAAGGAGCAUGUGCAGCAGCAGUGGGGCGAUCACGUGGUGGUCCAUGCCGCCGACGCUGCCUUCGCCGGGGCGGGGUUCACGGGGCUGCUUCUCCACGGCGCCUUGAACCAGCAGGACCUGAGGCCGGCCGCCGGCAGGCACGACGCGGACGCGGACGCCGGGCUGCAGGAGACGGAGGAGGAGAAGAACUACUGGGACAGCAUACUGAACCUGGUAAACUCGUCGUCGGUGUCGCUGCCGACGUCAGUCGUGGUGCCCGCGCCCGAGGCGUACUCGUCGUCAGCGUCGUUGCAGACGUCAGUCGUUGUGUCCACGCCGGAGGCGUACUCAUCGUCGGCGUCGUUGACAAGGUCAUUCGAGGUGCCCGCGCCCAACCCGUACUCGCCGGCGCCGGCGCCGGAGUUCUGACUGGUGGGCCCUCAACAUGUUCGCCUGCAUCAAGCCGGGCGAAUGACACAGUAAAUAGCUAGCGAGGGAUUUCGAAAUAAUAGUAUUGAACUACUAAUGUUGAUUGUUAAAUCGCGUUCUUGCGUUAAUCUGACAGUAAACGUGUGGGCAAGAUGGUUGUACCGAAUUUAGAGUCUGCUACUCCUACUCGUUCUGUAGGUCAAGUUUCUCGUGACUGUAGAAGAGUGACCAGAGCGUCUCAUAUUUGCUCCGUAAUUCGACAACCAUCUUCAUCAGCAAUAUAGUGGAGACAUAGUCGAAAUGGGAAGAACACCUUUUUUUUGUUGGCACUGUGUAUACCUGAGGAUCCAAGAUGAACUGUUCAAGCUCGUAUGUUGUAUGCUAUAGUACUGAUUUUGUACAGUGUAGUAUAUUGGUCAUGUUAUUUUGGAUUAAA